GUUUUUUGAGCACUGUUGAUUAAAUGUAGAAAUCGACAAAUAACAUGAAGUAUGUUGUAACCUGUAGAAUUUAAGCAAUGCAACAUUGGUUGAGGAUUUUGAUUCGGAGCAGUUGUACAAAAUCUUCUCUGAAUAAUUCAUCAUUCCUCAUUCCUAGGACUGCAGCUAACAUCAAGAGGAAGUUAAACACAAUGGCAGAUAAUGAAAUGAAGGAAGAUGUCACUGACGGUGUAGAUGUUGAUAUGGAAGGGCUGUCAACAAAGUUCCAACUGGUGAAGGAGGGGAAGGCCAAGAUUAUCCAACCAACAUCUGUGUUCUAUAAUCCAGUCCAAGAAUUUAACCGUGACCUAACUAUCGCUAUCAUCUCUGAAUUUGCUGAAGAGCACGUUAAACAGGUUAAAGAAAAACGGCGUAAGCGUUGGCUGAAGGAAAAUCCAGAUAAGGAAUAUAUUGAAGAUGAAGAAGAGGCGCUAACUGCUGGUGAACAACAUUCUGAUGGUUUGAAGAUACUGGAAGGACUUUCAGCUUCAGGGCUCAGGUCUAUGAGGUUUGGACUGGAAAUACCCGGAGUUAAUAAAAUCAUAGCCAAUGACUUUGAUAAACAUGCUGUAGAAGUGAUUGAUAAAAACAUCAAAAGAAAUAAGCUGGAACAUCUUGUAGAGGCGAGUCAUAAUGACGCUGCCAUGUUAAUGUACCAGAACAGAAAGUUGGACGAUAGGUUUGAUGUAAUUGAUUUAGACCCAUAUGGGACCCCCGGUCCGUUCCUUGACGCUGCUGUUCAGUCUGUUAGGGACGGAGGCUUAUUGUGUAUAACAUGUACUGAUGGCGGGACACUGUGUGGAAAUUUUGGUGAGAAAGCAUUUACAAUGUAUGGUUCGUUACCACUUAGGAGUAAAUACUGUCAUGAAAUGGCAUUGAGAAUUAUUUUACGUUCUAUAGAAUCUCAUGCCGCUACGUACUCGAGAUAUAUUGUGCCGUUGCUAUCACUUAGUGUUGACUUUUAUUUCCGUUUGUUUGUGAGAGUGUAUAGUGGACAGUAUCAGACCAAAUUUUCGGCUUCUCACACAGGUAUGGUGUAUCAGUGUACAGGGUGUGGCUCAUUUUCUGUUCAGCCGUUAUGUGAGGCCCAUCCUGCAAAAGGGGACACUUAUAAAUUUGUUGCUGCUAGAGGCCCACCUGUUGGUGAAAAAUGUGAACAUUGUGGAUAUAAACAUCAAAUUGGUGGUCCAAUUUAUUUAGGUCCUCUGCAUAAUGUUGACUUUGUUGAGAAAAUUAUCAGUAGGGCUGUUGCUGAACCAGAAAAGUUCAAUACAUCAAAGAGGAUAGAGGGUAUGUUGUCCGUAGUAUCCGAGGAGAUUGAGACACCCCUGUAUUAUGAGGCUGAUGGACUCUACCAGGUCCUCCAUUGUUCUCCUCCAAAGUUAAUGGAUGUAAGGUCAGCAAUUUUAAAUGCUGGGUACAAAGUAACAUUCUCACAUGCCUGCAAGAACUCGCUCAAGACAAAUGCUCCAAACAGAGUGAUCUGGGAUAUAAUGAGAGCUUGGAUUGCAAAGAAUCCAGUUAAAAGAAGUGAACCUGGUUCGUCAGGCCAUGCUAUACUCUCUGUGAAACCAUCCAUUGAAGUGAACUUUGAACCCCAUCCUGAUGCCAAUCCAAGGUCUCGCUCACAGAAUCUGGUACGAUGGCAGCCUAACCCAGAAAGGAACUGGGGACCCAAACCGAGGGCCAAGAAGUCUUAUGACUGUGAUACACUAGAGAGUAGGAGACUUAAAAAUCAGGGCAAGCGGAAACGCAAAGCUGAAGAAGAGUUGGUAGAUGAUUCUGCUGUAAAGAACAAGUCUCAGGAAACUGUCAGUGCUGAGGAUAAAUCACUGACUGCCCCAAGUGGAGAGGACCAGUCAGUGGAAACUGUUAAUGAUCAGACCCAAAGCUGACCUGACUCUUUGUAAAACCAGUGAAAAUCUGACAAAAAGAUGACAUGGAAGAACCAGCUGCAGAAAGUGCUACAGUAUUUCAGUUUCUGAAAUAAAACUUAUUUAAAGAAAUGUUUUGCUUUAUAGUAGUCUGUUAAGGGCAUUAUCAGGAGUUUUUAAUGUUCAGCCGUUAGCACAGUUGCCGAUCUGUUGCUUAAUCCUUGGGAGUUAAAUAUAAAGCUGAAUAGUUGUGGACACUUUGUUAAUGGAAACAAAUUGUGUGUGAAAAUGUUUCUAUUUCUUGGUAAAAAGCUAAAGGUUGGUUUCUGUCAAUUGAGUUAAAACAGAUGCACCGCCCGCUAAGCUCAAUAGGGAUAGCAGAUCUACAGAUCUUGGGUUGUGAGUUCGAUCCUUGGGUGGGGCUUGUGUUCUCUGUGAAAAUUUGAUAGAAGACAUUGUGUCUGAAAUCAUUCGUCCUCCACCUCUGAUUCAUGUGGGGAAGUUACUUGCAGAGAACAGGUUUGUACUGGUACAGAAUCUAGGAACACUGAUUAAGUUAACUGCCCGCCGCUACAUAACUGAAAUACUGUUUAAAGACGGCGUAAAACACAAGACAAGAAAAAAAAAAAACAGAUGCCUGUUUACAAGUAAGGAAAUGGUAGUUAACGAAAAUGCAGUAUAUGGUUGUUACUGUUUAUUUUUGUACACAAUGUAUGCAUGUUACAACGAUUGUUUAUUUAUACCAUUGUUAUAUGUGUAAGAAACAUAUUUAAGAAGGUAGGGUGUUGAAGAAAAAAUAUGUGUUAAAAUAUUUGAAAUGAAAUGAGUUAUUUUUUGUAAAAAUGAGCUUAAAUCCAAUUAAUUAAUCUAAAUAUCUCAGACGACAGUAUGGAUACCCAUAAUUUUUAUGGUUUCUUUCUUUUGUGUAUGAUAAAGCUACUUAUACAGUAAGAAAAAAUGUUGUCCAUUAAAAAGAAAAAUGAUGUAAAAAAAUGUUACAUUAUUAUAGUAUAUCAAAAAAAAAUUCACAGAAAAAAAAAUGAAUUAAGAAUUAAAUAAAAUUGUUUUUAUGUGAAUUUUGGAAUUUAUAUAUGUUUGUAAUUUUAUCAAUUAUGUAAUAUUUAGUGUUUUUGAAUUGAAAAUUUAAGCAAGAAAAUAAAGUCAGUUUGUCAUAAAUUUAA